UCCCUAGCGGCAGACGGCAGUAGCGGCAUAGCGUCUAGCUUGUAUAGUAUGAGCUGUUGUAGUUGUUGACUGUUGCAUCAUUAUUUAUUACAUAAUUUCGCUAAUAACUACUAAUAACACGAGCCACAACAAUCAAAAUAUCACGCACGACUGGACACAAGACUAGGAAAAGAGAUAUAAAUUUUUGGAUUCUCUAAUUACCAGAUUUGAAUCUAGUGUUAAAAAAAUAUUCUACACAUCUAUUGGUAUAUUCGUGUGGUUGUGGCAGCAACAUCAUGUCUAACUCUCAUCAGAUAGAGGAAAAUUUUGAAACACUAAAGGAUCUAUUUACCACCAUGAGCCAAGCCAUAGAACAACUCGAACAACAACAGUCCAUAUUGAAAAAGGACAACAAAAGGCUCAGUGAAACUAACGAUAAGUUGCUAGAAAUCACCAAGAAACAGAAAUUGAUGGUAGAUGAAGACGUGCCAACCACGGAUGAACCAAAAGCUCUAUCUGCACAAGAUAUAACAAAUCAGUAUCGUAAAUCGAUUUACAAGAAACUUGCUGAUCUUGAAAAUCAUCUAUUGAACACUCCACCGCCAUCUAUUGAUGACUUUGAUUUCAAUGAAAAAGAUGCUAAGCAAAUGCUGAAAUUAAAAGUUCAAAUGCAUUCGUUAUUGCAGGAAAACCAAUCAUUGAAAGAUCAGCUUUCAGGUUUCCAGAAUUUGCAUGAUCAGGUUAUGUCUAGAAUCCGAUCAAAUAAGAAUGGUAAUCCUACCAAUCAACAACAAGGAAAUAAUGCUACAACAAACUCCUCUCCUGGUGCAUCUGGUUCACUUGACAAAAACAAUGUGCAACCACUUCAGGUGAACGUUGUUGAUGGUGAUGCUGAUGAAAUGAAGAAUGAGUAAAAAAAAGUGUUCAAAGCAUAAUAAGAAUAAGAAUAUUAUUAGUUAGAAAGCUAUAUAAUAGUAGUUUUAUAUUCAGUUUCAUAUUUCUUUACUUUUUAGUCAUUAGCAUGCUUAUAAAAAUAAAAUGUAUUCAUUACAUUAAUUUACAAACAUUUAAUCUACUUUAUAUUCACUAAAAUUAAAUUUUUUUCAUUCUAAGUUUCUUUAAGUCAAUCUGGACUGUUAGUACUUAAGUCAAAUAAGUUUUGUUUUUUUUUUCUAAGUUUUUUUAUCACUAUGUUUAUAUAUAUUAAUUUAAUUUUUAAUAACUAUUUGUAUCAAACAUUGAAUUUAUUCAUUAUUUAUACAUAAAAAAAAUAAACAAAAUAUAAUACAUUUCAGUACCUAAAUCA